AAUUCACUUGUUACGAGCACUGGCAAUGGAAUACUGUUACGGUGCCCUCCGUAGAAAUUUCCCGCAGUCGUCCCUGGAUAUUAAAGCUGAUGAUAAUAGUUUUCGGGUUUGUUUUUGUUGUUUUUUUUGUUUUUUUUCUUUUGUUUUUUUUAUUCGGCCCGUGUAGUGUUCGUUAACGCUUAAAUACCAAAAGCAAUAACGUAACUGAUAUCUCACCCAUCCAGCCAUGUAUGCAACACACACGGUAGCUGCGCAUCGACGCAAAGGCCAAAGGUUGAUCUAAAAUUGCAGCGAAAACGGUGCACUAAAAAUAGCACAUCAGCUUCUGAAAGUUCCCGAAGAGUCGGAUGACAUUUUACCAUUACUGGCAGAACAGGGCCAAAUUCGAGGCUGAACACUUUCGCAGAACGGAAAAUAACUCGGCGUUGAUGACGGCAGCUCUCGAAAAACGAAAGUAAAAGUGGACAUGCGGCUAUGACAUUCUUCAGCACAAAUUCGGAGAUAAAGGUGAUUUCACUGAAUUUGGCCCUGUUUUGUACAAGACCAUCACCGAAGCUAUCAUAACAUCUGUUCAACAAAACACAACAGAAAACAAGAUCGACAUCCUAGUAGAACAAGCUUUUAUCAAGAAACAUAAUCAAUUAGGAUUUAUUCAAUACUGUUUUCCGUAGUUAAACACCUAGAAGUCCAAUGUGAAAAAUAGUAUAUCGGAUACAACCAACACAACCAGAAGUUGUAACCAAACAUGAUUAACAUUCAUUUGUGAUACCAAUCAACAGAACCAGAAGCUGUAACAAAAUAUUAUCGACAUUCAUCUGGGAUACAUUCAACAGAACCAGAAGCUGUAACAAAAUAUUAUCAACAUUCAUCUGGGAUACAUUCAACAGAACCAGAAGUUGUAACAAAAAUGAUUAACAUUCAUCUGAGAUACAUUCAACAGAACAAGAAGUUGUAAAAAAAAAAUGAUCAACUCAUAACAGAUUAAAUCAACAAAACCAAAAGUUGUAACAAAAAAGAAUGGGCAACAGGCAAGGAGCAAAUAAAAACAAAAAGAAGGAUGAAAAGAAGAAAGAAAAGGAGGUGAAGAAACAGAAAAUCAAGAAAAAGACGAAGAACAGAAACUCAGUUACAAUCAGUGAACGCGAUUCGCAGAUCGUCUUUGAGUCGUCGGAAGAUUUAGCCCUGGGAGCCUGUGCCGCACCGGGUAAGAACACAGGAACAAAGUCACAGCAGGUGCAACCUGAUGUUCUUGCCGGCAUAACUUUUGACCCUGCAACAAGGCCACGUGACCACUCCAGACACGGGGCGUGGUCGUCUGAUGACGAAUCGCCAACCAGUACCCUUGGUUACAGUACACCUUUGCUGCGAACGCCAAAAACCCAAAGGAGUGCACAUGCUGCAGCAAAAUCUGGAGACCUGUCAACGGUAGAACAUUUACAAGAAGUUGCAAAAAGCAACGAGCAAGCCCUUCCUCAGAAUAUAAGCUCUUCUCCAGGCGAAGUUCGGUUAAGACAUAAAAGUGAGUCAUUAAGUCCAGCAAGCAGUCCGGGACUAAGUCGAGAUGUGAAAAAGAAACGAGCUCUGGGCCAAGCAAUUCAUGAAAACGGAAGCUCUAAGGCAAUUGAGGCUGCGAUCCUCUUUGCGCCACCACCGGUGUGUCAGAAACAAAAGGGAGGUCAGUCGCCGGCGAAGAAAGGGACUCCGGAAAUCAACAUUUUCAGUGAUGAUCAAGAUAGUUUAGAAGACGCACUGUGUCCCUGGCUGAAGGAUGAUGACACUUCUAUCGAUGAAGAACAGCUGGAUGAAAUGUUCAUCAGCUGUAUUGACCUUUCGUACAGCAUGGCAGAUGCUUGUUCUGAAAAAGAAUUCACUGGAGGUUCUGAGGCGGACUUUAGCUCUCUUGAAACCAGAUCUAAAGUUAAAGAUCGCCAAGAGCAGCGCAAAAAGUCAGCUGUUGCACCAAGCUGUUACGAGGCGUGGGAAGGGUCUUCGGUGGAUCCCAUACGUGGUACGGAUAACGCUCUAAGAACCUCCAAUACUUGCCCACCUCGGACAAGUCCAAUGCUGAAAGCACAUCAUACUAAUAAGUCUGAGAAAACUAAAUGUGAUACCCAGCAGUUUAGUAAAGUGAAAGAAAUGGGUUCCUCAGUUGAUAAUGGAGAGCACACACCCGUUGCUUCAUCCAGUGAAUCAAGUGGUGGAGCACCAUCAGAGACUACUAAACACACACACAAAGAUGGUUUCGAAACUAAGACCAAGGAUGCACAGAAUGCAACUCAAGAAGGCAUCUACAACAAAGGGAGUGAAGCAACAAAGUCAUCCAAGAAGACUGGAAAGUCUAAAGACAAAAAGAGAAAGACCUCUAGAUCUAAAAAUGUUCCUACACCAGUACACCAACUCACAGAAGCUAAUUCUAAUAAAACUAAAGACAAUGAGAAGGAAUAUCAAGGACGUGAAGAGAUGGAUGAGCCGGAAUUGGCAGUCAGUGAAUUAAGACCGAUGGACGAUAAAGUGUUUAAGGAAGAGUCAGCAGAUCAGGUGAGUUUACUAGUGGCUGCUGAUACACGUCAGCAGCGUGUCGAUCCUGUGACCGACGAACCUCACAGAUUUAUUGGUGAUGGACAAACACCUGCUGAUUUCGCUGAAUCUAUCAUGUCGUCAAUGUCGGAAACUCCUGCGUCAUUCUCUGCAGAACCGGUUCCUCCUUCCAGAGAUCCCCAGCCUCCCUUGCCGAUGUCAAAGUUGGUGCAACGAAUAACCGAAUUUAUUCGAGAAGAGACGAGCGAGGUGGACGAGAGCAGACGAACACCACAGAAACCACCUUCGCAUGCUAAUGAACACGGGGUUCGACCACAGAUAAUUUCAGAUACAUAUUCACAAGAGCUUGACGAUGUAUUCCUGAGCAAUAAUAAAUCUACUUCAUAUGUUGCUUCUUUUACCGAUUACUCUCGUGCCAGCGCUGAUCUGCAAAAUACAUUUCCAUGCUCUGCUAACAUUGACGUUGGAAAUAAAGACCAUGAGCACGCUCACACGGAAUACAAAACUAGUGUUUGUGGGUAUGACGAUGAGACAUCGUCUCCUCAGAGGGCACAUACGCAGGAAACCAGCAUGUGUCCAUCAGAAAGACAGGAUGAAAGCACUGAAUCCACAUAUACUGAAGACCUUGGAAGUGAACAAUAUAGAAGUACGACAUACAGUGAUGCGCGUGGAAUCUAUAACGACAUACCUGAUCAAAUAGGUAGAAAUGUAGUAACUGAGCCAGCUAUCAGAGAACACGCAUGUGGACAAAGUGAUGCUGUUAAUUCUGAUGACAAAUGUUGUCAUAUUAAUCAGCCCAAAGUUUGUAACCCAUUUCCGGGUGAAACUCUGGAUCAGUUAUCCAGUAAGUUAUACUCAGAAAAGGCACUGCCAGAAGCCUCUGUUGUCGAAUCGCAUACAUCAUGCCCAGGGGCAAAUACAUGCGACAAAGAAACUUCUGGUGACCAACCUCCAGAGGCUGCAUUAGGAAGUGUGGUAUCCAGCUCUUCAAACUCUGUUCCUCCUCCAAGUCCUUCUGCUAUGGAUGCUCUAGAGGAACUGGAUGAAGAUGAAGAAACAGAUGGGCAAACAGAUGUGGUUAAUGACCAGAAAUCCAAAGAAAUACAAGUGUUUGGUGAUAGUGUUUUGAAACGACUGUCCUACUUAGUCGAAAGUCAGGGCAACGAGUCAAAUGAUGAAGAAGAAAACCCCAGUAACAGUAACAAAACUUCACCACAAAGAAACUCUUCCUCCGAUGUGAUCCUUCCGGAAGGUGAAAGCCACAGUGCCGAGGGCCCGUUAACUAGUGUGACAUUUCUCGAACACUCGUCGCACACACGUGAUAGCGAAAUGUCAGGUGAUUUACCAGUAUCAAAGUGUGAUAAAGAUAUUAAAAGGUCAGAACAAAUAACAAAUUCAAAAAUGGACAGAGACAAUCCAAUGUCAAAAGAAAACCCUAGUGUACAGUCUGACAAAGACAUUAAGAUGACAGACAAAACAAUAAUCUGUAUGAAAACUUUUGAAAAGCCAGAGAGGGUGGUUGAGAAACUACAGUCCAUGUCGAGUAUUACUAGCACUGAUACAGACAGCCAGAAUAAAGAAAGUGGAAAUGCACAGUUAUCUGAUGACAUGUCUGAACAGGGUGCAGUGAAACAAGCACCAGAACGUGAGACAUUUGAUAAAGAUAAAAAAGCUGAAGCUAAUCCAUCUCUUGGUUGUGAUAAUAAAAAAGAUAGUUCCGCAAAACGAAAAGGAAAAUCCAAAAAAGCUAAAGCAAGAGCAAAAAAAGCUAAAGCGAAAGCUAAUAAGUCUAAAAGUGAACAAACGGUAUCAACGGAGAAUAUUAGCCCAAAAAUAGUUGUGAAAAGGCCAAAAAUACCAGACGAACUAACUCAUACAUCAUGCCACAACACCAAAACAACGGAUGUAAGCACUGAAUCAAAUUCAGAUUCAAAUCCCAAACCCCCUAAGCGCGAAUCUCAGCAAAUCACGGAAGUUAUUGACGCCUAUGGAGAUGCAGUUGAUCCACCUGUUGAAGUCAAUCAGACAAAAUCUUUACAACAAAAAAGCGAACAGAUAUGUCCAGAAUCCACCAGCAAUACCCUUACAAAGAAAAUUAAGGUACGAGAAGACGUACCAGACACUGAUCACGCAUGUAAGUCUGAAGAACGUACAAGUAGUUUAGAUUGUGCUGAUGUCGGUGCACUGAAAUAUCAUGGUGUAACAGAUGAACAUACAGCUUGCGAUGUUUUUGAGGUUCAAUCCUCUAAUACCACAAAACGUCCACAAGGCUUAGCCCUACAACGCAUAAUUCAAGACGGUGAGCAGACGUACAAAAGAGAACCCAGAGCAUCUUGGGAACUGUCGGACGAAUCGGACACGACUGAAGAGAGUCUUGAAAACAUCGACUAUCCAGCAGGAUGUCAGAGCAGUUCGAGUGCCGACUCCGUGUUCAGAAUUCCCGACAUUUCAGAAACCUUUGGAGAAAUGGAUUCUGUGAAGAACAUUCUGGAAGAUUUCGAAGACAGGACACCGCAGGCGGAAAGUGUGCCGUACUUUAUUGGAAAGGAAACGCUGAAAUCUCAACCAGAUUAUCUGAGUGUGCACAGACGAUCCAGAAUGUCCCCAGCACUGACGAACAAAACAGAAUCGGACCUUGAUAUUUCUGAAAUGCGAGACGACAUCAGCACGGAUAGUAUGUACGCAGAUGACGAAGGCGACGGCACACUGCUGUUCAGCAAAAGCUACACAGAACAGACAGGCAGUGGUGUUCUCAUGAGCUGCACGUUUUACAAUUCCGGCCACAACAAAGAGGACAGUGACGAUUUCUGGGAGGAAUGCGUGGACGAGGCCUACCAUCAGAUAGAACUGUCAGCAGACGCAGCCACGGCCACUUUUCAAGAUGCCAGGAAGCAGAUGCAUGAGAUUCACGAACAUUUAAGAACUUUGAGAUUACAAAUGGAAACAUUACAGGAUGAUCUGGAGAAUGCCACAAUAACCCCAGAGCCAGAGUUUCGGACGGAAUCCGACGACAAAAGACUAGUUACGGAUUAAGGUCUCACUACACAGUUUAAUUCCAGAUGACCGAUCCUUCAUCGUGGUCCACAAUUAUAAUUGUGAGACUGUUGGGGUGAACCGACGUUUAGAACUUGUGAAGGAUUAGAAUGAUGUGUAUGUUUUUUGGAACGGUAUUCUCUCUGGCUGGAUUUGCCUAUGUUAUGUAAUAGUGUGUGUUUAUAUUUUGGGACACGUGUAGAGCAGAGGAGGUAGCAAGUGUGAAGCGGUUCCUGUACUAGCUGCAAGGAGAGACACUACAGCAAGAUUGGGUUAUGUAGCAUAUAUAUAUAUAUAAUAACGUGAGACGUAAAUGUCCUCAAUUUUGGAAUGAAAAUAAAUACCAAAAAACCAAUAUAUUCGAUAUAUGUCAUGAGUGACAACGGAAACCACCCACCCAAUUAGCAAUUUGGUUUGAAAUUCGUAGUUUAAUGUGCAGUCCAGUGACAGAUCGCAUCUGUGUAGUGAGACCUCAUGUUUUAUUUACUGUUUCUGUUUUACCACUAAUUUGUUUUAACCUGUUGGCACUGAUGACAUAUAUCAUUUCGAAUAUAUUGGGGGGUUUUUGUAUUUAAAAUGC